CACACGCUAAUUCAAUCGCUUUCGUGAUUUUCAGACGAGAAAAAAUCAAAUUUAUCGCGAUUGCAGCAAUUUUCGCGAUUGUUACACGUGUAAUUCAUCGUAGCUGGUAGUUUUUGGUCCGCGUCACACUGCGAACCGCACCAAAAGUCGUCCGUAAUUGUGAAAACGUGAAAAACAAAUAAGCCAGAAAUCAUCGUAUUACGUAUGCCAUCAUCGCUGUCGUCGUCUCCGUUGUCUGUGAAAUGAAAAUUCACCUUUUGCUGGAAGUAGGAGAAGCAGAUAAGAGGCCAUACAAAAGUUAUUUCGCAUUAAUUUUGUGGUCCGAUCCCAAAUGAGCACGUCGUCGUGCCACCGAAGCGUUGAAAAAGAGACUUUUUACGAAGUGGCGAAGAAUGCAAAAUAAUUUCAAUAAAACCAAGGAAAUGUUUAUCAUACGGGCACUGGAGAAAAUCUUGGGUGACAUCAAGCGAUCUCAUCACUCACAACUGAAGAAGGCAUGCGAAGAUGCCCUCGAGGAAAUAAAGAACGAACUGAAGGAAGCAGGUCAAGUAGCACCAAAUCAGAGCAAUGAACCUGUCGCAAAUUUAUCGGCGGCACUUCCGCUGCCCAAGAACGACGAAUCGAAUGUCAUUAAUGCGGAAAAGUAUUUUUUGCCCUUUGAGUUGGCAUGUCAGAGUAAGACGCCUCGCAUAGUUGUCACGGCGCUGGAUUGCCUUCAGAAGCUCAUCGCGUACGGACAUUUGACGGGAAAUAUUCCAGACUCGUCAAAUCCUGGCAAAUUUUUGAUCGAUCGAAUUGUCGCGACGAUUUGUAAUUGCUUUAUGGGUCCGCAGACAGAUGAGGGAGUGCAGUUGCAAAUUAUUAAAGCUUUAUUGACGGUUAUUACGUCGCAAUAUGUCGAGGUGCAUGAAGGCACGGUACUUCAGGCUGUUCGCACCUGCUACGACAUUUACCUGUCAAGCCGUAAUCUGAUAAAUCAAACAACAGCUCGUGCAACGCUCACACAAAUGCUGAAUGUGAUAUUCACGCGCAUGGAGAAUCAGGCCUACGAAACGGUGUCACUCGAGAAACGCAUUGUCGAAGGUGCUGCUGCUGCUACGACUCCAAAUCCGUCGACAGACAUCCAAAGCCCAACGGUCGAAGAUGUCUCCAUCGCCACAGAGAUUCACGAAUGCAAAGUCGUUGCGGAAUGCGACCCCGCCAUGCGAAGCGAAGUGAAAACCGUGAUCGACGACAUCAUCGAGAGUGCCGUAAAUAUCGUUUCAGCCCGCGUCAAUGGCGAAAACAAGGCAAAUGGGGAUGUUGUGGCGCCAAGUGAUGGUCCGCCGCCUGCGACAAUGCCUGAAAAUGGCGAAGUGAAUAGCGAAUGUGAUUCCGUGAUGACGGCAAAAUUCACGCACAUCCUCCAAAAAGAUGCAUUCCUCGUGUUCCGUGCUUUGUGCAAGUUAUCGAUGAAACCGCUGCCCGAAGGCAAUCCAGAUCCACGUUCGCAUGAACUCCGGUCGAAAGUGCUUUCGUUGCAUCUCUUGUUGUCGAUUUUACAAAACGCCGGACCCGUUUUCCGCUCCAACGAAAUGUUCAUAAUGGCCAUCAAGCAAUAUUUGUGCGUCGCCCUGUCGAAAAAUGGCGUCAGCAGCGUACCGGAAGUCUUUGAACUGUCGCUGUCGAUUUUCGUGGCACUCCUGUCGAACUUCAAAACUCACCUGAAAAAGCAAAUUGAAGUUUUUUUCAAGGAAAUUUUCUUGAGUAUUCUUGAAACGACGAGUUCCAGCUUCGAACACAAGUGGAUGGUGAUUCAGGCGCUCACCCGCAUCUGCGCCGAUGCCCAAAGUGUCGUCGAUAUUUACGUAAAUUACGAUUGUGACUUUUCGGCGGCGAAUUUAUUCGAACGUCUCGUCAAUGAUUUGUCGAAAAUCGCUCAGGGACGUCACGCAUUGGAGCUGGGAGCGACUCCGAAUCAGGAAAAAUCGAUGCGAAUCCGCGGAUUGGAGUGUCUUGUGUCGAUUUUGAAAUGCAUGGUCGAAUGGAGCAAGGAUUUGUACAUUAAUCCAAACUCGCAGACGACUUUGGGCGAAGCGGUGCCCAAAAAUGGCAACAAUAACAGCGAAGAAGCGCCUGCGGAUAUGGCAAAAUCGCACAGUGGCUCCAGUUUGAGUCUUAAUUCGUACGGCAGCACCAAUUUUGGCGGAAAUCGCGAGACUUUGGAACUUCCGGAGGAAUUUGAAGAGCGAAAACAUCGCAAAGAAGUCAUGGAAACGGGCAUCGACAUGUUCAACCGGAAACCCAAGAAGGGAAUCGGGUUUUUGCAAGAACGUGGUUUGAUCGGAAACACGGCGGAAAGUGUCGCCAAGUGGUUGCACGAGGACGAGCGUCUCGAUAAAACGGCAGUUGGCGACUUUUUGGGCGAAAAUGACGACUACAGUAUCUCGAUCAUGUGUGCCUACGUCGACUACAAGGAUUAUCACGACAUGGAUAUCGUGGCGGCGUUGCGUUUUUUCCUCGAGGGGUUCCGUAUUCCGGGCGAGGCGCAGAAAAUCGAUCGACUUAUGGAGAAAUUUGCAAGUCGUUUUUGCGAUUGCAACCCGCAAAAUACGAUGUUUGCGAGUGCUGAUACCGUUUAUGUGCUCGCUUUUUCCAUCAUUAUGCUGACGACGGACCUGCAUUCGCCGCAAGUCAAAAAUAAAAUGACGAAGGAGCAGUAUAUCAAACUGAAUCGCGGCAUAAGUGACAAUAAGGACUUGCCGGAGGAGUAUUUGUCGCAAAUUUACGAUGAAAUUGCCGGGCAUGAGAUUAAGAUGAAAACUUCGACGACAAGUAAGCCGGGAAAGCAGAUUAUUUACAACGAGAAGAGGCGAAAAGUUUUGUGGAAUAUGGAAAUGGAGGCGAUAAGUCAAACGGCGAAGAAUUUAAUGGAAUCAGUAUCGCAUGUGAAGGAGAAUUUUACGUCAGCGAAGCAUUUGGAACAUGUGAGACCCAUGUUUAAAAUUGCAUGGACCCCGUUUUUGGCGGCAUUUUCUGUGGGUUUGCAGGAUUGCGAUGAUCCGGAAAUUGCGUCGUUGUGUCUUGAUGGAAUCCGUUGCGCCAUCCGCAUCGCCUGCAUUUUCCACAUGACGCUCGAGCGCGACGCCUACGUUCAAGCUCUCGCCCGUUUCACCCUGCUCACCGCCAACUCCCCCAUCACCGAAAUGAAGGCCAAAAAUAUCGACACAAUCAAAACGCUCAUCAUGGUUGCUCACACCGACGGCAAUUACCUCGGCCCGAGUUGGCUCGACAUCGUCAAGUGCAUCAGUCAACUCGAGCUCGCGCAACUCAUCGGCACCGGCGUUCGUCCCCAAUACCUCAGCGGACCCACACAUCGUGACGCCCUCGAUCGCACCGCAAAAGAACACAUUGGCGAAACCUCAUCCCAGAGCGUCGUCGUUGCCGUCGAUCGCAUCUUCACCGGUUCCAUUCGUCUUGACGGCGACGCCAUCGUGGAAUUUGUCAAAGCGUUGUGCCAAGUCUCCAUGGACGAGUUGCACGGAAGUACGCCGCGCAUCUUUUCGCUGCAAAAAAUCGUCGAAAUUUCGUACUACAACAUGGGCCGCAUUCGUCUUCAGUGGUCCCGCAUCUGGCAAGUGCUUGGCGAUCACUUUAAUGCCGUCGGUUGCAACCCCAAUGAGGAAAUUGCCUUUUUUGCGCUCGACUCGUUGCGCCAGCUGUCCAUGAAAUUCAUCGAAAAAGGCGAAUUUGCGAAUUUCCGCUUCCAAAAGGACUUUUUGAGACCCUUCGAGCACAUUAUGAAGAAAAAUAACUCGCCAGCGAUUCGGGAUAUGGUGGUGCGAUGCGUUGCCCAGAUGGUGAAUUCGCAAGCAGCCAACAUAAAAUCCGGUUGGAAGAACAUUUUUAGCGUUUUUCACUUGGCAGCGGGAGAUGAAGAGGAAGCAAUCGUCGAAUUGGCCUUCCAAACGACGGGUCGCAUCAUCAACGACUUGUACCAACGUCAAUUCCACAUCAUGAUCGACUCUUUUCAGGAUGCCGUCAAAUGCUUAUCAGAAUUCGCAUGCAACGCCAAGUUCCCAGACACGAGUAUGGAAGCAAUUCGCUUGGUUCGAACGUGUGCCGUUUGCGUUUCGGAGUCGCCACGCCUCUUUGCGGAACAUGCUGGCAUGGAAAAUGACGUGAGUGUCUCGGAGGAAGAUCGCGUUUGGGUUCGUGGAUGGUUCCCGAUGCUUUUUUCGCUGUCCUGCGUCGUAAAUCGCUGCAAGUUGGACGUUAGAACGCGCGGUUUGACCGUUUUGUUUGAAAUUGUCAAGACCCACGGGGAGUCUUUUAAGCCGAAUUGGUGGGGAGAUCUUUUUAACAUCAUUUUCCGGAUAUUUGACAACAUGAAAUUGCCCGAGUUGUAUAUCGAGAAGGCCGAGUGGAUGACAACGACGUGCAAUCAUGCGUUGUAUGCAAUUGUGGAUGUUUUUGCGCAAUUUUUCGAUAUUUUGGGUCCGUUGUUGCUGCGCGAUUUGUACAGUCAGUUGCAAUGGUGUGUGCAACAGAAUAAUGAACAGCUGGCGAGAUCAGGUACGAACUGUUUGGAGAAUUUGGUGAUUUCGAAUGGGACGAAAUUCGAUGCGGAUACGUGGGAUAACACGUGCGAUUGCAUUGCGGAAAUUUAUACGAGUACGUUGCCGCUCGAGUUGUUGUCGUGGAGACCGGAGGAUAAUCAGCAACAGUCAGGUAAACUCGACCCCAAUGCUCAACGUCACUCGAUCGCGGAAACCGGAGAACAACGUCCCGGCAUCCUAAAACGCAGCAACUCUCAAAUUUCGAUUCACAGCAUGGACGAACGUCUCGAUCAAAAGCACACCAGCAACAGUCUCUUCAACAAUUUGCUCAUCAAAUGCGUCGUGCAACUGGAACUCAUUCAAACGAUCGACAACAUCAUCUUCUACCCGUCGACGUCGCGCAAGGAAGAUGCCGAAACACUUGCGCUCGCCACAGCCGAUUUGACGGGCGAAAGUAACGACCAGCAAGAGUGCCAACGCGAAGAUCAAGGCAUGUACAGCUACCUAUCGACAUCGAAUUUAAUGAAACUCGCCGACUGCCUCAUCCGAAGUCAUCGUUUCGCAAAAACGUUCAAUUCGAGUCACGAUCAACGGAACAUCUUGUGGAAGGCGGGCUUCAAGGGCACCGCAAAACCGAAUUUGUUGCGCCAAGAGACACAAUCGCUGGCAUGCGUGCUACGGAUUUACUUCAAAAUGUAUACCGACGAUGGGCGAUCGCAAGACUGGCCCGAUGUGGAAAAAAAUUUGACGUUCGUGUGCAAGGAGGCACUGGAGUAUUUCUUGUCGCUGCGCAGUGAACCGCAUCGAGAUGCGUGGACGUCGUUGUUGCUACUUAUUAUGACGCGUCUGCUUAAGAUGACAGAUCAACAGUUUUCAACACACAUCUCCAACUAUUAUUCCUUAUUUUGUGAUAUGAUUUGCUUGGAUAUCAAACCAGAAUUGAGAAGUGUCCUUCGACGAAUAUUUCUUAGAAGCGGUAGCGGCUUUGGAGUUGUCGCCUCAAAUAGUUUGCAAUAGUAUCGGAUUAAAUCUAACUAAAAUAAAAAUAACUUUGUGUAAAUAAUUAUUAAAAAUUUGUCUAACAAGACUCCUACCAGAGAAUUACUUUAAAGAAUUUAACUUUUAAUAAAGAAAAAAGCUUCUGUCCUUUUUAAAAAAAAUUAGAAUUUACAGAAAAUGCAUUCAUUAAACUAAACAUUUCAUUCUAACUCAAGAAACUAGAACUCAGAAUUUUUAUAACAAAAAAAAAACUUCAAGUUGUAAAAAUUAUUCUGAAAAAAAUUCAGAAAAACACCAAUUAAGUAGGAAUAAUGAUAGAAAAAAAAGUAGAAAUGUAAUUUGUUGAAUUUGAAAAAUUUCAAAAAAUAGAAUUCAAGAGUAGAAAAUUAUUUUAAUUCUGUCCAUAAAUUAUAAAAAAAUAUGUUGAUUGUAUUUUAUUUCAUAAAAAAAUUUAAAUGUUAAUCAAAACUUUCUAAGUCAUCUUCUUCCGUGUGAAAUCUUUUUAUAUAAAAAAAAAUAUAAGAACACAAAGUGUUUGUUUGCAGGUCACUCGUUUGUUUGUUACAGUCACUAUAAGAUUAUAUUAUUGCUUUGAAAGACUUGUUAGAUUUAUUUAAAGAAAAAAAAAUAAAUAUUUGUAACCGCAGCAUUAUUUUUUUCGGCAAAUUUUUGUCGAUAUCAAUAUUAAGUUAACCACUAAGUUACUGAUAAAUCAUAAAAGAAGACAUUAUAUGAAGGAAGAAAAAAAUGAUUUAAAAGAUGUAUGAAAUGAUUGAUUUUUCUUGCGGUUAUGCAAGAU